GCGUGUGUCCGGCACUCAUCAACCAUGGCGAGGAGUUCUUUGGCUUUAGGGAUCGAUAUAGGAACCACAACUGUUAAAGUGUGCUUAAUUAGCAUAGAGAAUGGAGAAAAAUGCGAAUCCCUGUCACGAGAAACCAAAGCAAGGAUGCCAAGCGAUUUAGGACACUUAGGAAGCGAACAGGACGUUCAUAAAAUCUGUACGGCCCUACAAUUCUGCCUUUCUAGAUUGCCAAAGGAAUCACUAUCACGUGUGGCCAAGAUAGGAAUUUCGGGACAAAUGCACGGUUGCGUUUUAUGGAAACAAGAUGGUGCAUGGAAGCAAAAUCAUUUCGGUAGGUACGAGGUAGAUGCAGUCAGCUGUUUGUAUACUUGGCAGGAUGCCAGAUGUACCAGUUCCUUCCUGGCUUCGUUACCUGCACCAGAAUCGCAUUUGAGACUCAGCACGGGUCAAGGUUGCCCCACGAUAUUUUGGCUAUCGAAGAACAGGCCCGAUGUCCUGGAGAAGUAUGAUAGAGCGGGUACCAUACAAGAUCUUGUAGUGACCAUGCUUUGCGGAUUGAAUAAACCUGUUAUGUCUGUACAGAAUGCUGCCAGUUGGGGUUACUUCGACACCAUCAGCGUAACAUGGAACAUAGAAAUAUUAAAAGAUGCUGGAUUCCCUAUUGACUUGCUACCUGAUGUGGUUGAUGCUGGUCAAUUAGCUGGACAAACCACAUCGUGUUGGUAUGGCAUACCACAAGGUACACCCGUGUUUGCAGCUUGGGGUGAUCUUCAGAGUUCUGUAGUAUGUAGCAUGGCUAACGAAACUGAUGCAGUGUUGAAUAUCAGCACAUCCGCUCAGCUGUCUUUUAUCAAACCGGAAGAUUUCCAACCCACCUUGAGCCAAUCUUCAUCCGCAAUUGAGUACUUUCCAUAUUUUAAUGGUCGCUACUUAGCUGUUGCUGCAUCUCUUAAUGGUGGCAACGUGUUGGCCGUGUUCGUUAGAAUGUUACAACAAUGGACACACGAAUUAGGAUUGGGGGUGCCAGAAAGUAAAAUCUGGGAGCGGAUACAAGACACUGCUAUCGAUGAUGCUAAUGCCGAAUCAGAAAUGGUCAUAGUACCAACCCUGUUUGGUGAAAGGCACCUACCUGAAGAUAGGGCUUUAGUAUCACACAUAGAUCCUCUUUGUUUAACAUUAGGCAAGGUAUCUAGAGCACUUUGUAAGGGUGUUGUAAGGAAUUUACAUUCCAUGAUGUCUAAGGAGGAGCUUGUAGAAGCGGGUAUCGAAAGAAUCGUGUGUAAUGGUAUGGCACUUAUUAAGAAUUCCGUCCUUAGAAAGGAAGUGGAAUCACACUACAGCCUACCAGUUGAAUAUAAGAAUGAUGCGGAUGCUGCCUACGGUACUGCUUUAGCAACACUAAAAUUCUGUAGCUAAUUCGCGAAUUUAAUUUUACAGUGGUAUUUACGCGUCGCCACUUCAUUAUAUUACACAAUAUACAAUAUAAUUUAGUGAAGAUUAGUCAUGUGUAAGAUCCUAUAGGAGUUGUUCUCGAUACUGUCUACAUUAUACGUUUUAUAUGAAUUCGUAUAUCAUAUGUAACUUAUUUUUUAUUGAAAACUAUUAAAAAAUUAUUCUAAAAUUAAUACAUUUGUGAUAAUUGUAUUGUUAAAUGCAAUUAAGUGAUAAUUAAGUCUUGAAUUAGAAACAUCUGUUUCGCUUCGAUUCUAUUGUUUCUCAUUAAAACAGAUGUUAAAGGUCGUUACGUGUUGUUAUAUUGAAUUACUAUACAUGAGUGAAUUCUGUACAGGGAAGCGCUUAGAUAACUGUACAUACAGACAAAUUAAUUAAUUUUAAUUGUUAUACGAUAGCUUACAUGUUAAGAACGUGUUUCUAGUGUUUCCACGUACACGUAGAUAUACGUUUCUUGUGCCUGUACUGAUGAUUUGUACACGUAGAAGAGUGUUUCUGGUAUUGUUAACAGUUUACACACUCAUGUACACGUACUGAACACGUGUUUGAUGCUGUGUACGUGUCAUAGGGCUUUGCUUACUUGAAAAGGUAUGUCAGCUGUUUUUAGUGCUUCUACGCUAAUAAAUUGACAUACACACUAUAAACAUGCACUUGAUUAUAAGCAAGUUUCUUGUAAUAGUAGAAUAAGCACUAAAAGCAUGCUUCUGAAUGAAUAAAUCAUUAGUACAAGCGGUAGAAACAUAAUUAUAAAUGAACAAGCCAAUUAGUGCAGUAUAAAAAUGGAUUUUAAGGUACAGCGUGAAGGACA